AUGGGACAUGGAAAAGGCAGAAAGCCAAACGGAAGAGGCGGUGGCAGAAGCAGAGGUGCGGUCAGAGGAAGAGGAAGGGGCAGAGGUGGUGGCAAAGGCGGACCCAGAAGAGACGGAGGUAGAAACGGACCAUUAUUGCCGAAGUUUACCGACGAGUUUGAUCUGUACCCGUAUAAUGAUAACGAAGUCGAUGAUUCCGGUGCUUCUGAUCCAUUUCGAGUGAAGUUGAACAAGAGGUUAAAGGUUUCAAAGCUCAAACAGAUAAAUGAUAUGGUGGACUUAAACAGAGGAAAUUUCACUAACAUUGAGGAACUAUCAGUAAAUUCGAUGAUGUAUCAUCAGUCGAAUACCAGGAAAAAGCGCUACAAUGAUAAAAGCAUGUACAGUGAGGUUGGAUAUACCAACAGUCACAGAGAAGAUGUCCUUCAAAAAAGUUAUAGAAAACUUACUGUUGAAUUCGUAAAGGCAAAAGAAGUAUACGACCCAUCAAAAUCGUUGCUGGAAAAACUCACCAAGACUGACCAUAAGCAAACCAUAGUGGAUAUUAAAGAAAAUAUAUUGGAAGAAAAUAGCGAGUUGCAAAACAAAGAGUCAAACUUGGAAAAUGAUGGGCGUACACUCAGAAUGGCAGAUGGAAUGCUAUCUAAAAUAGAAUCAAUUUCAGAUGAAGAACUUGAUAACAUUUCAGAUGAUUUAUCAGAAAAGGAGCGUAGUCACUCGGAUGAACCUGAUGAUUUUUCAAAUGUGAGCCCUGAAACAAAAUCUGAUAUGCUAUCUGCUGAGAGAAUAGAUUCAAACGACAUUGAAAAGCACCAUUUGCACACAAGCAACACCCCAAGUUUGAAAGUGGAGAAGUUGGAGAAGCAUCGGAAACGAUCAUCAGCUCUAUUUUUUGAUGAUAAUGAAGAAGCGGAGUUUGAUAUCUCAUAUGAUGAAAAUGAUGACAGUGAUGAGGAAUCUACUGAAAAUGAAUUAGACGAAAAGAGCUUUGAUCAGAGCAUUUACAAUAGUGAACAAGAUGAUUUCAUUAAGGAUAAUCUCAAUGUUGAUGAGAGUGAAAUCGAUUCUCUUAGCUCCAACGCUGGAGAAAUUCAAAUUGGACGCUAUUUAGGUUCUAUGAAAACAACUAACCAAGGUGAAAAAUUUAUUGAAAUUCCGGGAAUCAAACGAAACAAGCAAAAGUCAGAGAAAAUUAUAUACAUGCUUUCUGAUGAUGAUGAUGAUUUCAGUAUAGAUGAUGUAGUUAGGCAUGUCAACCAUAAGCUAUAUGGAACAAACAAAAAGAAGAAUGAGAACGUGGAAGUUAAAACUACAGAACCUGAAUUUGGAUUCUUAGAAGAAGAUUAUGUGUCAUUCGAUGUUACGAGCAUAAUAAUAGAUAAUCUACGUGCUGGUGCCAAUCAAUCUAAUCAACAAUAUCAUGUGCAAGCUCCUUAUCUUUUUGGAUUUGAAGACUUUCAAUGGCUCAGCAAAGAUGACUUUCUUAACUUUUUGGUGGAGAAUGGGUUUCCUGAGCAUAGAUUUGAUGCGUUUAUAAGAAAGGCUACUUCACACUUGGUACAUCCCGAAGUACGACAAAGAGAAGAAAGUUUAGAUGAAGAUGAAAUCUAUAUCUCUGAUAGCUCUGAAGAGGAAGAUUCUUCCGCAACAAAGCCAAGUAGAACUUCCCAACCUGGUUUGGACUCAACUUCGGAUGACAGUGAGUUGGAUGAAGAAUUGAUGGAGGGAAUAGAAGAUCUCUUGACCAUGCAUAAGUCAAGCAAGAUGUCACAUUUUGAUCCAUUGGAUGUUGGUACAAAAUCAAUAAAAGUUAAAGGGCGUAAGAAAAACUCUGGUCUUGAGUUCAACACUGAAAUUAGCCCUGAAUUUGAGAAGUUUCUGAACGAUAAAUAUAUUUUAAGAAAGCAGAGCAAAAGGGAGAAGAAAGAGGAACGUGAGUUUGCCAGAAAAAACAAUGCCUACAUGUUAACCAAAUAUCCCUAUGUCCUAGAAAUGUCCGAAAUCAUUGAUGAGUUUAACGAUUUCAGAGAAGAUCAUUUAAGGGAAUCGUUGCGUUUUCCGCCACUAGACUUUCAUGUUAAUAUGGUGUUGAAAAUGAUUGCCGAAGCUUAUGGAUAUUCCUCUCGAAAAAUUGGUAAGGGUAAAAAGGAGUAUCUAGAAGUUCGUAAGCCAAGAAAAUCGAAAACUAGAGAACCAGACUGGGAUAGGAUCAGAAAAUUAUCUCUAAAACGUAAACUGUGUUUCCGUUUGGAUGUUCCAUUAUCUACGGAAGAGAAAAGAGAGUUAAAGAGAGUCAAAGGUGGUAAUGUGGAAGUUGAGAAAAUGAGGAACAAGGGAAGAGGGAAUUUCAGCUAUAAAGAGGGAGAGGUUGUCGGUGCAAAUGCAAAGGAGAUUGACUCAUCGAGUAUCGGCAGGAAGCUACUUGAAAAAAUGGGCUGGCAAGCUGGUGAUGCCUUGGGACCACACGAUAACAAGGGUAUUGUUGAGCCUAUUAAGGUUGUUGUUAAAACGUCUAAAAGAGGCCUUUGA